AUGCUCACAUCAACACUCCUUGCCCUCGCCAGCGCGGCGCUGGCUUCCGCCCACACUGUCAUCACAUACCCUGGAUGGAGAGGCAACAACCUAAAAGACAAUGAUGAGUUCCCCUAUGGCAUGCAAUGGACAUAUCCUUGCGGCGGCCUCCACCUCACCCAAAACCGCACCUACUGGCCCACAACAGGCGGCGCCAUCUCCUUCCAACCAGGCUGGUUCCAAGGCCACGCGACAGCUUUCAUUUAUGUCAACCUCGGCGUCGACACUGAUGGUCCGGACGGCGGACCCAAGAACAUGAGUUUCCCCAUGGUCCCUCCCUUCCAGAUUAUCGGCCCCGGAAAGAACCCGUACCCAGGCACUUUCUGCCUGCCGCAGGUGUCAGUGCCCACGGGCUUUGAGUUCAAGGAGGGCGAUAAUGCGACGAUUCAGCUGGUUGAGUUGGCGAUUCAUGGUGCUGCUUUGUACUCGUGCGUCGACAUCACAUUCGUUCCCCCCGGUGAUCCACGCGUCGCCCAAGUCAACGAGUCCAACUGCUUCAACAGCACCGACCUUGGCGCCGCCGAUUUGUACACCCUCAAGGUCCUCGAGCCCGGCCGCGACAAAUUGGCGCUCGUCAGCGCUGCUUCUUCUGUUGCCAAGUUGGCUGGUUGGAUCCCGCUUGUUGCUGGUGGGUUGUGGAUGAUGCUAUAA